CUCACUUCGACAUUUGUGGCGGAGUUUCGUCCUGGAGUUGCUAUUCGUCUUCUUCUCUUUGAACACACAUACACACACUCACCAACUGCACUCAUAUUCCACAUUAUGCUCUCUGGCCCCUUUACUUAAAUGCGCAACGAAAAUAAAUGAUGGCUCGAAUAAUCUCGAAACCCCUCAACAAUUUCUUCAGUUUUUCAUGUGGGGUAAACAUUUGGGAACCCUCAACGUUCAGAACUUAUGCCGAGCACCAGCCUUCGAAGGGGUUUCAAUUGAAGCACAACUUGAAAUUUGGAGAUUGUUGCAGCAUAAAGGAGGCGGAGAGAGAGGAUGGAGGGCGGACGAAAGAGAUACUGCUUGUGCCGAAAGUUAAGUGUCAGUUAAUGGAAAAGGAGAGCAAAGGAGAGGGUUUCGAUUUUGAUUGGCCGCCAUGGAAGAAUCUUCCUCAAGGUUAUGAGCUCGCUGGUCGGACGUCGAUCGUCUUUGUUAUCUGCAACACGGAUAAGGUGAAUUUUAGUAUUUCUAGAAUUCCAAUGUCACAUCAAUCCGGGUGGAAUGCUUCUGUGGCUGGAUUAGUUCAAUCCACCUUCUUCUGUGGUUACAUACAUAGCCUGUUUUCUGGUGGUUGGAUUGUGAAAUCUUUUGGUGGCAGAAUCCAAAAUCUUGUUACUACUCACCUUUAUAACUUGUGCUGCCAAGGAGCAUUACGUUUCACAACAAUCUGGAAGACUGGAAGAGAUAUUUGGAUAUGGGUUGUAGUUUUAGCUGCAUGUCCUUGUUGUCCUCACCUUCAAAUGAUAGUUUUCAACCAUGAGCAAAAGAAUAUUGUAGUAUUUACGUUUCUCAACGUUGAUUAUUUUCAGAGUUCGUUGAAGAAGACCGAUGCCCAUUUGGAGCUGCUUAUCGAUCAUAAGCAAUGGGCCACACUUAACACCUUGAUGACAAUGCAAGUUGUUGGUGACAGCAAAGGUGGCGGAGUUUUAGAUAAACCAAUAAUAGAAAAAACAACACCGGGGCGUGAAUCUGAGUUCGAUUUGAGGAAGUCGAGGAAAAUGUCCCCACCUUACAGGGUUCUGCUGCAUAAUGACGACCAGAAUAAAAGGGAGUAUGUAGUACAGGUACUUAUGAAGGUUAUUGAUGGAAUGACACUCGACAAUGCUGUGAAUAUUAUGCAAGAAGCGCACUACAAUGGCAUGUCGGUAGUCAUAGUUUGUGGCCAAGAGGAUGCUGAAGAAUAUUGUAUGCAGCUUAGAGGCAAUGGCCUCUUGAGCUCGAUCGAGCCUGCAGAUGGGGGUGGGUGUCACUGAUAUCCGUUCUUCUCGAUUAUUGCAAAUUGCAAAUGGCGGCGAAUGGUAGCAUAUAAGUGUACAUGUACAUAAAAAGGGUUGGAAAUUGGAUGGUCUUGUAAGAACCCUCUUCCGGUAAUACUGUUUUAAUAAAUAUAUAAGUUAAUUUACUCAUUUGUAAGUUCUUUAUGUGGUUUAAUAUGGUAGCUUUUAAAUAUAUGACUGUUUGAUGAGUAGGUAUUUGGUAUUCUUAACUAGCAGUAAUGCUAAGGAUGUGGGACAGUCCCACGUGGAGCUGUUCCAUUGGUUGUUGGCUCCAUAACGGAGUCAACAGUUGGCUCCUUAGCAU